UUUUACAAAACACAAACAAACGAGGCGGUUCCGCGAGAGGCCCGAUCAGAGCGAUUGUCUACCGGGCCACAGUUCGAUGCACUGCCGCCUUGGUCCCGGUGCUUGAAUGAAGUCUGACCGGCUACCUGGCGCAGCUACGGGGAAUGUUUUCUGGGAUCUACUUCUCCUGCUGGUGUUGACAGGCGGUGCUUCGGUCGCUCCCAAACAUGGCCUCCAUGACGGAGCGACCGCUUCAAGUUUAAUUUUUCCCUGAUUGUGUGCGUCCAGCCUGCGUGUUUUCCUUCUCCGGUCCCCGGGAAUGUUUCUGCGGAGGAGCUCCUCACUGCAGACCCCAGAAGCAGAUGUUAUCUGUCGCAGUAAUUCGCUGUUGAACACGUCGCUCUAAGUUGGCUGAAAGCUGGAGAGGAAAAAGAGAUCCGCGUCAAAUCGAAUGCCCUCUGAGGCCCAGGAGCCUCGGGACAGAGGACCGACGCCCCCUGUCACCCGGGCCGGACGCAGCGCUCAGCUGGCCAGAGCUGCCGCCAGUUGCCCCGCCCCCGAGAGGCGUCCCCGAGGGCGCCCCCGUAAAGAUGGCAGCAGCGGCCGCAUGGCGCCUCCUCCUCCUCCUCCGUCCAGAACCAGGAAGCAGGGGCGAGGAAGAGGAGUAGAGGAUGAAGAGAGCGUGGGCCCUGCAGAGAAGAACCAGCCCCAGAAGAAGAGAGAGCCCAGGGUCCCCAACAAGCAGAAGGCGAAGCCUGCGGAGCGCCGGCAGCCCUCCUCCACACAUCCGGUACCGGACCCUGGACCUGCUCAGGCUGGGCUUGGCCGCCACCCUGACCCAGACCCUGAGUCCAAAGUCCCAAAGUGUAGCGCCAAACCCGCCCCCUGUACAGAGGAGGAAAAUGGAAGCAGUUUGGUUCCUGCAGCUCUGUCCCCAGACCACGGCCCAGAGGAGGGUCCUCAGAACAGUCCGUCGUCCCCAAAAUGCAGACCUGACCCCGAACCAGGAGAAGAGGACCAGCCACCCAGCCCUCCCCCCCAGGAGAGCGGCUCCAUUACCACAGAGAAUGAGAGGGACUCUGAUGUUGGUCCUGUGGAGCAGAAUCCAGUCAGGAGUCCCCAUUAUAGUCCCCCCGUGUCCCUCAGCCUGACACUGGCAGAGGAAGAUGAGGACUCCCUGUCCUCCUUGUUCCAGCACUCCCCAUCAGAGGACUCAGGGGGCUCACCCACCCCCAGCCUUGGACACACCAAACAAAGGCUGAAGCAGUGUGCCUUCUGUUACCGUGGCGACCAGCCUCCUCUGGGCCAGGGCCGGCUGGUGGUGUUCGGCCCGACACCGGGCUACAUCCCCCUACACAUCCUGAACCGCCGCGCAUCCUCCGACCGGGAUGACGACUACCAUGACCAUUGCUACCGUAGUGACCUAGCCCCGCCCGCGUGCCGCAGUCCAGCACAGUGUGGAGACAAGUCUUCCUCAGAGUUCAUAAAGCAGCUCGGACCCAUUGGCCUUCCGCACGACAUCAACGUCCAAUCACUGUUUGACCCCACAGGUCAGUGCUGCGCUCACCUGCAGUGUGCUGCCUGGUCAGAAGGUGUGCGACAAGGCGAUGGCGAAUCGUUACUCUACGUUGACAAAGCCAUCGACCAAGGAAGCACUCAGGUGUGUGCAUUCUGCCAACAUCUGGGCGCGACCCUCUGUUGCCAGGAGAAGGGAUGUGGGUGGAGUUACCACUUCCCCUGUGCUCUGGUGGCGGGCGCUCAUCUGGAGUGGAACCGCAGGCGAACGCUGUGCACCAGACACGCCCACUCAGCCUCACUGCAGUGCCUGCUGUGUUCAUCUGAAUCUGAACCCGGUGGGCUGAUGAUGUGCUGUUGCUGUGGUAACCGUUACCAUGGCAGCUGCCUGGAGCCAGUGCUGACCCCCUCCCCCCUGAACCGCGCUGGGUGGCAGUGUCAUCAGUGCAGAGCAUGUCAGAGCUGCAGGUUACAGGGUGAUGAAGAUGCGCUGCUGGUGUGUAGGCGCUGUGAUAAAGCGUACCACACACACUGCCUCACACCUCCUCUGGAUCACGCCCCGAGUACUCAUUGGACCUGCAAGAAUUGCAGGGUCUGUCUCCGAUGUGGUGUGACGUCAUCAGGACAGUGGGCCAAUCAUCCGUUCCUGUGCGAGACAUGUGACCCUGCUUUGCCCUGUCCUCGUUGUGACCAUGUUGUUGACCUCGUUUCACUACAGGAAAGUGUGACCUGCCGCAGCUGUUACAGGUCCGAACAUGCAGAGUGUUCUGAUCAGACUAGAGAGGGCAAGGCAUCUCCUCUUUACAUCUGUUCCUCCUGCAUCCCUCAGGAGGAGCAGCCCACCUCAAACAGUACCCCAGUCCUACCAAAUGACACUUCCCUGUCACCAAGUCCACCUUGCACACUGGUUCCACUCACCAUUCCUCCUGCUCAUAGUCCAGUCCAGCUCACCUGCUCAGAAUUGUCACCAACCUAUUCACCAUCACAUCACAAUCGUUCCACAUUUCAGACUGAGUUAUUACAGAUUCAACUCAGUCCUGAACCGUCAGACGAUCAAAGUUCUGCAACUGUAGAAAUGCAAAGGGAGCUUGGAGACAGUAAGGAAGACCUCCUACUCAGUCCUCCACAAUCUGGAUCGUUCUUGAAGGACAGCCUUGCACCAUCAUUAUAUUUGCUAAAAAGAAGUAAUUCGGGAUCCCCUAUCGAGUUGCAAAAUCUAUCAUUAUCUACCACUGAGCUCCACCAAUCUCCCACAUCGUCACCAGGGCAAAGUUCCACCAAUGAUGACCGAUCUGUGAUGUCAUCUCUGCCUGUUGAUGACUGCUUAGAGAAAUCUGCAGACAACACCCAUCAGCAUGAGGCGACGUCUCCAGCGCAGACCCAUGAUAGUCAUAGCCCCACUCACCAAGAUACCCGCAUUUUUCCUACCACGCCUACGCUACAGAGUCCUUCAGCGGCCCCUGAGGCGCUUCAAAGUCCAUCAGCAGCCACCGAGGUGCUUCAGAGUCCUUUAGCGGCCCCCGAGGUGCUUCAGAGUCCUUUAGCGGCCCCCGAGGUGCUUCAGAGUCCUUUAGCGGCCCCCGAGGUGCUUCAGAGUCCUUCAGCGCCCCCCGUGGCGCUUCAGAAUCCUUCAGCGGCCCCCGUGGCGCUUCAGAGUCCAUCAGCUCCCCCCGAGGAGCUUCAGAGUCCAUCAGCUUCCCCCAAGGAGCUUCAGAGUCCAUCAGCUCCUCCCGAGGAGCUUCAGAGUCCAUCAGCUCCUCCCGAGGAGCUUCAGAGUCCAUCAGCUCCCCCCGAGGAGCUUCAGAGUCCAUCAGCUCCCCCCAAAGAGCUUAAGUGUCCAUCAGCGCCCCCCGAGGAGCUUCAGUGUCCAUCAUCGACAUCCGAAGUGCUUCAGAGUCCAUCAGCUCCCCCCGAGGAGCUUCAGAGUCCAUCAGCUCCCCCCGAGGAGCUUCAGAGUCCAUCAGCUCCCCCCGAGGAGCUUCAGAGUCCAUCAGCUCCCCCCAAAGAGCUUCAGUGUCCAUCAGCGCCCCCCGAGGAGCUCCAGUGUGCAUCAUCAGCCUCCGAGGUGCUUCAGAGUCCAUCAGCGCCCCUCGAGGAGCUUCAGUGUCCUAACGCGCCCCCCGAGGAGCUUCAGUGUCCUAACGCGCCCCCCGAGGAGCUUCAGUGUCCUAACGCGCCCCCCGAGGAGCUUCAGUGUCCUAACGCGCCCCCCGAGGAGCUUCAGUGUCCUAACGCGCCCCCCGAGGAGCUUCAGUGUCCUAACGCGCCCCCCGAGGAGCUUCAGUGUCCUAACGCGCCCCCCGAGGAGCUUCAGUGUCCUAACGCGCCCCCCGAGGAGCUUCAGUGUCCUAACACGCCCCCCGAGGAGCUUCAGUGUCCAUCAAUGCCCCCCGAGGAGCUUCAGUGUCCUACAGCGCCCCCCGAGGAGCUUACGUGUCCAUCAGCGGCCUCCGAGGAGCUUACGUGUCCAUCAGCGGCCUCCGAGGAGCUUACGUGUCCAUCAGCGGCCUCCGAGGAGCUUCAGGGUCCAUCAGCGGCCUCCGAGGACCUUCAGGGUCCAUCAGCGGCCUCCGAGGAGCUUCAGGGUCCUUCAGCGGCCUCCGAGGCGCUUCACUGUCCAUCAUCAGCCUCCGAGGAGCUUCAGAGUCCAUCAGCGCCCCCCGAGGAGCUUCACUGUCCAUCAUCACCCUCCGAGGAGCUUCAGAGUCCAUCAGUGCCCCCCGAGGAGCUUCAGUGUCCAUCAGCGCCCCCCGAGGAGCUUCAGUGUCCAUCAGCUCCCCCCAAAGAGCUUAAGUGUCCAUCAUCAGCCUCCGAGGCCCUUGAGAUCUCAUCAGAAGCCCCAGCAACUCUCCAGAGUCCAUCAGCGGCCCCAGGAGCUCUUCAGAUUCCGUCAGCGGCCCCCGAGGCACUUCAGAGUCAGUCAGCCGCCCCCGAGGCGACGCAUCAGAGUCAGUCAGCCGCCCCCGAGGCGACGCAUCAGAGUCAGUCAGCCGCCCCCGAGGCGACGCAUCAGAGUCAGUCAGCAGUUCCCGAGGAGACGAUUCGGAAACCAUCAGCCGCCCCAGAGGAGACUCAUCAGACUACUUUACCCCCCCUAGAUGAGCUGCAUCGGUGCCCUUCACCUUCACUAGGGAAGAUGUGUCAGAGUCCUUUAGCUUCCCGAGAGGAGACGCAACAGUGUCAAUUAGCUUCCUUUCCAGAGAAGCCUCAGAAUGUUUUAGCUUCCCCAGAGAUACCUCAGUGUGCAUUAGACUCCUUGCCAGAGGAGACUGAAGAGAGUCCUUCAGUGAUCUCUAACGAGACUGAACAAAUUCCUUCGGCUCCCACAGAGGAGACGGGACAAAUUCGGUUUCUCCCCCUGCCAGAGGAGCCUCAACAGAUUCUGUUAGCCUCAACAUCAGAGAAACGGCAUCAUUAUCCAUUAGUUCCCUUUUCAGAGAAGACCCAACAGAGUCCUUUAUCUGUGCCAGAGGAGACAUAUCAGUGUCCUUCAUCUCCUCUAAGGGAAACUAAUCAGAAUCAUUCAGCCCCUUCCAAGGAGAUGUUACAGAAUCAUUCACCAACUUGUAAAGCAGCUCGUCAAACACCUAAACUAUCAGCAGAGGUGACUCAUCACAUUUCUCUACCAUCUUCAGAGGAAAGCCACCUGGAUCCUUCCUCUGCUUUACAUAGCCUAUACAGAUAUCAUGUACCAUCUCUGGAAGACAGCUCAAAUAUUGUUGAAAGCCACAUUUCGCAGACCCUGCAUCACAGUCCUGAAACUAUUCAAGAGGAGUCCAAUCAGAGUCCUGCACCAUCUCCAGAUGGUAACUAUCAUCUUGGUGCACCAAAUUCAGGACAGAGUAAUCAAAGUUUUAUGCCAUCUACAAAAGAGACCCAUAGGACCCUUGGUCCCUCACUCGAAGAGACAUGUCAGACUCUUGGGGUCCCAUCCACUGAAAAGUCAGUUCAGCCUCUUGGGUCGUCACUUGUCAAAGAGACCAACGGAGGUUUUGGGGCCUCACUCAUCGAAGAGACCGAUCAGGCUAUUGGAGCCUCAUUAGUCCAAGAGACUGAUAAGACUCUAGAGGCCUCACCCGUUGAAAUGGCUGAUGGAGCUCUUGGGGCUCCAUGCUACAAAGAGGCUGAUGGGGCUCUUGAGGCGUUACCUGUUGAAGGGACUGAUGGGGCUCUUGAGACCUUACCCGUCGAAGAGACCGAUGGGGUUCAUGAGGCCUUACCCGUCGAAGAGACCGAUGGGGGCCUUGAGGCCUUACCCGUGGAAGGGACCGAUGGGGCUCUUGAGGCCUUACCCGUGGAAGGGACCGAUGGGGCUCUUGAGGCCUUAUCCGUCAAAGGGUUUGAUCGGGCUCUUGGGACCUCUCCCAUCGAAGAGACCGAUAGGGCUACUAGGGUCUUACCUGUUGAAAAGACCAAUAGGGCUCUUGGGGCCCCACCAGUAGAAGAGGCCGAUGGGGCUCUUGGGUCCUCACCCGUUGAAGAUACUGAUGGGGCUCUUGGGACCUCACCUGUCGAAGAGAUCGAUAGGGCUCCUAGGGCCUUACCCGUUAAAGAGACCAAUAGGGCUCUUGGGGCCCCACCAGUAGAAGAGGCCGAUGGGGCUCUUGGGUCAUCACCCAUUGAAGAGACUGAUGGGGCUCUUGGGACCUCACCUGUCGAAGACAGUGAUAGGGCUCCUAGUUCCUUACCCAUUAAAGAGACUAAUAGGGCUCUUGGUGCCCCACCAGUAGAAGAGGCCGAUGGGGCUCUUGGGGCCUCAACCGUCAUAGAGACCGAUAGGGCUUUUGGAGCCUCACCAGUCGAAGAGAGCAAAAGGGCUCCUUGGGCCUUACCCGCUGAAGAGACCAAUAGGGCUCUUGGGGCCCCACCAGCCGAAGAGAAAGGUCAAAUCUCUAUGUCAUCUUCAAUGAAGGGCCACAAAAUUCCCCCAAUUGUCAUUGAAGAUUCCCAUGAAAGCAAUUCACAGUCUCUGGAAGAGACCUGUCAGCAUUCUUCACCAUCAGAAGGAAGUCUCCAUCAAAGUCUGUCAUCACCUCUACAAAAGACGCAACCCACUGAAGUUAUAUCAGUAUCAAAAGAGAUCUUGAAUUCCAUGGAUAAAUGUAAAAGUCAACUCCAAAAUGUUUCUACGCCAUUUCAGGUGCAGUCAAGUAAAAACCGGGCACAAUCUUUAAAAGAGAACUUGUCAACCUCUGCCACUUUGAUACAAGUGACAAGUCCAAGUCUGCAAUCUUCUUCUGAUGAGGAUAGUCAGAGUCCUCUGUCAUCUCCAUUUUCUACUGGUGAGAAAUAUGAAAUUCUUGUUCAGUCUUCGGAGAAGAACCAUCCAUAUCCUCCACCAACACUCCCUGGCCAGAUCUGUACAAGUCAAAUAUCAUCUUUAAAGGACACCAUUGUAAAUCUUUGUCUUUCUCAGAGGGAGAAUUGUCAGAUUCAAAGGACCCCUCUAGAGAACACAGGUGAAAGUCUUGUAUCUUCUCCAGAGGAUGUUAUCCAAAGUCCUAAAUGCUCUACAAAUCUCAAACCAGAUUCCGUGCCAAUUGAAAGGACUGAAGACAGUCCUGAAUCAUCCCUUGUAAAAGAGGACCAUCAAAAUGCUUUGCUUUGUCCUACUGAACCACAAAAUUUCAAAGAAAGUACCAGCCAUUCAAACCUACGGACAGUGGAUCACCAAGUCAUGUCCAGGCCAUUUGAUUCUGGUCAUGCUAAGUCCAUAUCAAGCGCUACAUCAUCAUUACCACCUUACUUUCAGUCAAAAACAAAGGAAACUCAAACACUACACAGCCUUACACCUGACAGACCUGUUCAAAGUCAGUCCGGUUCAACUGAAUGUUGUCCAGCAUCAACUCAUUCUUGUCCUGCUCAACACCUUAAAACUAAAAAAAAACACGCCCCCCCAGUGCAGGCAAUUCACAGUUCAUCUGGGAUGAAUUUACCCUCUGCAAGUCUGGAAGACAAGUUGACCGAGAAUCAACAGAAUCCAGAACAGGAUAGCGAACGUCUGCAUAUACUUCCUCCACACAGCCCUUCAACCCAGAAUCUGAGUCAACCAAUGCUGAGCCCUAUCAGAUUCCAACCAGCAGAGUCCAGCUACUAUUUGGAACCUGAAACACAGCUACGAAGCCCAUGCAGUUCCACACCCAUCAUGAUCUUACAGCCUGAGCUCAGUCCCAACAUAUGUAGUCCAUUAGAAGAGGCAGCCUCUGGAUCACAUCCUCCAAAGAAAAUGUUUAGAUCCUAUUCAGCUCCUUGUAGCACCAACCCUCCCCUAGAAAUCCCUAGACCCCCCAGUCUUUCACAACCUGCAAGUCCAGUUCAGCUAAAGUAUGGCCAAACCUGCAGGCAUUUAGUGUCCCCAGCUGAGCAAAUCCUUAAAUCCAAUGGACAGACUGUUAAACUGGAACAUACCUCACCAAAUUUAAGCUCUAGAUCUGACCAAUCUAAAGUGCCCUCUGCUGGGAGACACUCUGUCCACUCAAGCCUGUUUCUUAUUUCUCCCAGACAGAAACCAGAAAGCCUUGAUAAAUGUAGCAGUUCACUUGAACACAGUAGCCUGAUUUGCUCACCUUGUGUGCCAAACACCAAGGUAAACCAGAGUGCUCGACAAAGUCAAUCAUUAUGUUCAGAAACCAAGGAGUGCCCCACACAAGCUGAGCCAGUACCUGCAAACCCUGCCUUCUGCCUCAAAACCUGCCAGAACCCCUUGCCAACAGAGACUAUCCUCCCACCACAGUCAACUGGUUUCCUCCCCACCACUUCCUCCACUCAAGCAGACAGCUCAGAGUCUCUAACUGUAAGGUCCAUGAGGACAUCACAACUGGCUCAACCUGUCCACUCAAUCUCUGGUCAGGAUGAGGAUAUAGAAUUCCCUCCUGAUAGUGAGCACCAUGCAGUAGGAAUAAGAGGCUUUGUGGAUAAUUUAUCACAGACUGAGAUUAAUCCACAUUGCGCUUAUAACCCUUGCUUAACCAGUAUCCCCUCCAUUGGAGAUGGGUCACCAGGGACUAGCUGUGCUGGUCAAAAUAGUCCUUUAUAUGUAGAGCAAACACAGAAUCCUAGCCCUGCUAGCCCACCUCACAGCCCAGCUCAGAAUAGGGAAAUGCAGCACCGACCUUCAGCAAACUCAGCAAUGGAUACCAAAGGAUCUCAGGAUCCACUGAGCUCGGCUUCUAAAGCCCUGCUUGAUGUCCAGACUGUAGAUCCUGAUAUGGAAAUGUGCCUGGCACAUGACAACCCACCCUCUCCUGGUCCACUCCCAACUGGUCCUGAAGCUGGGUCUCAGAGACCUGAUAGCCUUGCUCAAUCUACUCAAAGCCCUGCCUGCUGUUUCUAUGUUGACAAUGCAGUGAGUAACGCCAUGAUCACCAGUGACUCAGCAAGUCCUGCCCAAUCCCAGGAUAGCCCUGCUCCCAUAAUACUUACCUCCUCGUUCCAAGCUCAGGUCUGCUCUGACAUUGACUCAGGGAAAAGCUCUGUCAUUAGUACUGUGGAUUUGGACGGUCAACAACCUAGUCCCACGCAUGGGCCUGUAGAUCCUGUUCAGCUGGAGAAAAGUUUUGACACUGGUGUUGUCCCCUAUUGUUCUGUCCAGUCAGAGUCAAGUCUCAGUCCUGUUAGCGGUAUUCAGACAGAGGCUUGCUCUGAUCCUGGUGUAGAUGAUACUUGUUCCAUAUCCAAGGAGGUCAGUUCUGGUCUGGAUCUUGCUAGUCUUGCUCCCGUCAGGCAGGAGAAGUCUGAAAUCCAUCCUAGUCACAAUCUUUCUACCAAAGUACAGCCUGAUUCCAGUCCAGCAGUCACUCAACAAACUGUGUUGGAGUGUGGAUCUCUUGGAGCAGGUGAAGAGGAGCAAGGAGAGCCACCUGAGGAACCACAGAGGAAUCCAGAAGGUUAUGUGGAGCCUGCCGAGAUGGCCGAGGGAGGAGGAAGCGUGGAGGAUGAGUGUCGGCUCCGAUUUAUUCCAGUUUGUUCUGCAGAUGUUGAAGUGAGGAAUACAUCUGGCUCCACUUUCUCUUCAGGCCUCUCUAGCCCACAUCCUAAGGCUGGUUUCCAGGAUUACUCCUUGGCCUCCUCUCCUUCCAUGACUGCCUCAUUGGUUUGCUCUCAGCCCCCUGAAGAGAACUGUCCUUUAAGGGCCGACCGAGUGUGGGAUGAGAACAGCCGGAGUGAGCCUGUUUCAACCGAGACUGAACCCACCAAAGAUACACCCGUGUCAAAAAGUGAGACUCCAGAGAAGCAGCCAGUGGGGAGAGCAGGUAAACAGCAAAUGGAAGAAGAGCACAAAGCAGAGGAGGUGAAGCCAAAGGAUGAGCGUCAAGUAGAAGAUAAGGAGGAGAUCUUAGGCAGCCCCAUUCUGGACUUGGACCCAUCCUUGGACAUGGAAGUCAUGGAGUUGAUGACCACUGCCCCUUUCGCAUGUAGAGAAAAGGGGCGGAGCCUCAGACUCCCCCGCAGCUCUUUCCACCCUUCAGAUGACCUUUUGAUCCGCCUGAGGCAGUCUCCCUUCUCCACUGAAGCUUCUCCUGACACCUCACCUGCCAGGACCCCAAACACACCACCUCCGCUCACUCCACCUUCUCCUGUCUCCUCCAGAGACUCCCCUCUAGUCCAGGCUCCACCAACCACCGUGUUCCCCUUCACCCAGAAGAUUGGCAUGGGAAAACCAGCAAUCUCUAGGAGGAAGUUCUCCCCUGGCAGGGCCCGGGCCAGACAGGGUUCGUCGUGGAGCAGUCGAAGGGUGCUGAGCCCUCACUCAUCUUCCCAGGACUCCAUGGGGGAGGGAGAUUGGAAUAGCCCUAAACCUCAUCCACCAGACUCUCCCCUCUGGAGCAUGAAAGUGGGUCGCGGUUCUGGAUUUCCAAGCAGGAGGAGGUCCAGAGGAGGAGGUGUUGGUGGAGGAAGAGGAGGGAGAGGAAGGAGUCGGCCCAAGACCCAAGACGGUCCUCCUGUGGCCCCCGGGGGCGUCUCCAUGGAAACGUUUCAGAUGAAGGAGGAGGAGGAGAACUCCAUGCACAACACGGUGGUGAUGUUCUCCACCUCGGACCAUUUCACCCUCAAACAGGACAUGUGCGUUGUGUGCGGCAGCUUCGGGCAGGGGGCCGAAGGACGCCUGCUGGCCUGCUCCCAGUGCGGCCAGUGUUACCAUCCCUACUGCGUCAACGUUAAGAUUACCCGGGUGGUCCUCACCAAAGGGUGGCGCUGUCUAGAGUGCACGGUGUGUGAAGCGUGCGGCGAUGCCUGUGACCCCGCCCGUCUGCUGCUGUGUGACGACUGUGACAUCAGCUACCACACCUACUGCCUGGACCCGCCCCUCCUCAUGGUGCCCAAAGGCUCCUGGAAGUGCAAGUGGUGUGUGUGGUGCGUUCAGUGUGGCUCCACCUCCCCUGGCCUGCGAUGUGAUUGGUUGAACAACUACAGCCUGUGUGGCCCCUGUGGCAGCCUCAGCCAGUGUCCAGUCUGUCAGCAGUGCUACGUCCACGACCAGCUUGUCCUGCAGUGCUCUCAGUGCGACAGGUGGGUCCAUGCUGUGUGCCAGGGCCUGGCCUCGGAGGAGGAGGUGGUUCUGGCUGCUGACGAAGGCUUCGAGUGCUCGCUGUGCCGGGACCCUGGACGCCCCCCCGCCGCCAUGUCUGAGAGUUCGGGUCCCUUCGUGGCACAGAUUGUCUCCAGAAGCAGAGAAAUGGAUUUGAAGACUUAUACUCAGGACGGAGUCUGCCUCACGGAGCGCGGGCUCACCCACCUGCAGGCCCUGGUUGAGCCUCUGACAUCACCGCGAAAAUACCGCCGGUGUAAACCCAAGCUGAAGUUACGGAUUAUCAACCAGAACAGCGUCUCUGUCCUGCAAACCCCAACAGACCCAGAGACUCCCACCAAACCAGACCAGAACCAAGGUGACUUGGACUGUGACUUGAAGUCUGACUCCAGCCCAGAGCGGGAUCAGGCUCAUCUCGAUGACAUCACAAAGGAGACUGAUAUCACUGAAGAUGGCAAGAAGAGGAAGAGGAAACCUUAUCGGCCAGGUAUCGGAGGCUUUAUGGUGCGGCAGCGUGGAGGUAAAGCCGGACUGGGCAGGAAGGAUUCAUCAGACAUGAUGCCGAGUCGAGAUACUGGUGUGUUGGAGACUGAUGUUGCCAUGGAGACCAUGUCUGCAGCUGAACAGGCAAUGGAAAAAGUAAAGAAAAGAUACAGGAAGAAGAAGACAAAGCUGGAGGAGUCAUUCCCGUCGUACCUACAGGAGGCUUUCUUUGGCCGCGAUCUCCUUGACCGCAGCCGACAGGUGGAUGGGAGCCCGCGGAGAGCAGUCACAGGCAGCAGCCAAUCAGGUUUAGCAGUGACUGACCCUAAAGCCCCACCCACCCACAGCGUCCCAGGUCCUACCCCCACUAUGCUGCUUUUGGGCACCAUGGCAACCAGCAGGAAACGGCUGCCCAUGUCAUCUGAGGCUCUGGUGGAUCUUUCUGACAUCCUGAAUAGAGACCCUCACAUUCUGGAAACUGGACACACAGGUCAGUUCCAGGUGGAGCGUUCUCCAUCUCCGUUUGCGGGUCUGGACAUCAGCUCAGUGGCCAGUGACCCCACCCUGUCCUCUUACCCCCCGGAUGGUUGUGGCCUUGGUCGGAGAGCGGCACAGGACGAGCCUCUGGACGCCAUCCUGAGUCCUGAGCUCGAUAAGAUGGUCACAGAUGGAGGAAUCCUCAGCAGACUCUGUAACAUCCCAGAGCUGGAGGGAAAGGAUGUGGAGGAGAUCUUCACUGCAGUUCUGAGUCCAAGUAGCAGUAACAACCGGCCAGAACCCAGCAAGACCGCAAGCUCAGCUACGGGCUGUCCUCGUCUGCCCAUGAUGAACGGUCUGAUGCCCGCUGCUCCUCCCCGCCCCCCUGGUGGAACCUGUAUCCCGGGCUUCAGACCGCCUCCCUCAGAGGGAGCAUCUGCCCCAGGCAGUCAGCUGCCAGUGGGGGAGGGCGAGCAGGAUGCGAUGUCCACGGCUCAGAGGAGCACGCUGAAGUGGGAGAAGGAGGAGGUCCUUGGAGAGAUGGCGACCGUGGCGCCGGUUCUGUACUGCAACACCAACUUCCCUGAACUGAAGCAGCAGUUUCCCGACUGGUCCACCAGGGUAAAGCAGAUCACCAAGUUGUGGAGGAAGGCCAGCUCUCAGGAUAGAGCGCCCUUCGUGCAAAAAGCUCGGGACAACCGUGCCGCUCAGCGAAUGAACAAGGUGCAGCUGUCCAACGACUCGCUGAAGCGGCUGCAGCCCUCCCAGCCGCCGCCCCUGGGCCUCCAUGACCAGGUUCCCAUGGAGACGGAGGCUGUCUUCAAAGACCCGUUGAGGCCCAGAGAGUCUGAGCAGGAGCAGGAGUGGAAGCUGCGACAGAUCAUGCGUCAGAAGAGCAAGCAACUGGCCAAGAUGGAGGCCACCCAGAAGUUGGAGCAGGUGAAGAACGAGCAGCGGCAGCAGCAGCUCCGUCAGUCGGGACACCUUUCCCCAGAAGGUCCCGCCCAGCAACCGGUUGCCAGCGGCGACAUCUCGCCCCUGCAGCCGUCGUCAAGCCACCAACAGCUCCUGCAGGAAGCCGGGUCAGGGGGGGUGAAUGAUGUCUUCCUCAGGCCUCAGGUCCCACCCCCCUCUGGAUUCUCCUCCCUGCCCCACUCCCCCUUGGCCUCCUCCCCCUUGCACCAGCCUCCGUCCUCCCCCCAGAUGUUCUCCCCCCCUUCCUCCCGCCCCUCCUCUCCCUGGGACUCCUUUUCCAAAGCAGCAGGUCCUCCUCGCCCCUCAGUUCCUCCUCUUACUCAGCAGCAGCGGCUCAGCCUCCUCAGCGUGUCCCCCGCCCACGAUGCCUCCGGCUCCUCCGCUCCGUCCCCAGACUCCUCCAACCCAGGUUUGCAGAGCAGGAUGGGGGUGAUGAGCCCGGCCUCCUGCUCCCCCCCUGAUUUGACUGGCAGACAGAACCGGGCCGCAGAGCCCUUCAAGUGGACCAGCCUGGCAGUCCCGGGAGCGCUGUUUAAAGCCCCCAUGCCCCGACAGCAAGAUCUGGGAGGAGGAAGGAGAGACCUGGGCUUCCCCCCCAACCUGGACCCCCCUUUACCGUCCAGUCCGGCAUCGAGCCUUGGCUCCCCCCAUCGUAGUCCCUACGCCCAGACCCCUGGGACCCCCAUACAGCCCAGCGACCCCCUUCCCCCCAAGUCCCCUCUGAGUUCCAGACCCUCCCCCGACCCUAACAGAGAGACCCCCAGUACACCUCACCCCCACUCUGACUUCGGAUACCUCACCACUCCACCUGCACUGAGACCGGACCAGAUAAGCCAGCACCCCUCCCCAUCCUGCCAACCGCUGGACCCCUAUGCCUCUGCCCCAGGAACCCCCCGCCCCUUGGAGCGAUUCCCGCCGUCCCCAGGCCCUCAGCGAGGCUUUGACUCCUCCCAGCCUGCAGGGACACCUCUUCAGCAGCCUUCAGCCCCUCGGCCACCUAAGGCCCAGGCUGCGGCGUCUGAGUCGGCCCCUGUUGGAGCCGGACUCAUGGCGGCGCUGGGAACCUUCAGCGCUGCAGGACCCAAGGAAUCAUUUCCCAGAACCAGCAGCACUCAGAACCUGAAGCAUCCUGGAACACCUGGAGACAGGGCCUUCCAGGACGUCCUUCCACAGAUGGAGAAGUCCAGGACCAGCGAGCUGUCCCCCGUGGACGGAGUCUUGAGCAUGCUGCCCCAGCUGGGAGACUCUGAGGAGAAGCAGCGACAUCGUCUGUGGCUCCGUCAGCGGAUCCUUCAGCAGCAGCACCAGAAGUUUGCUCUGCAGCAGGAGAAAGAUCAGCUGGCACGGGCCCCCGGUCCCCCCGGUCCACCUGGUCCCCCCGGUCCUGAUACUCCUCUUCACAGCUGGUCCUCCGCACCGCCUGCAGACCCAUUUGGACGUCCUCCCCCGCCUUACCCCGGCACAGGGCCGCCUCCUGCCCCAAGGUUUACUGGGCUCCCCCCCAGCGAGUCCCCCUUCCACAGACAGAACCCCCUUAGAGAUCACGCUGUGAGGUUUGGCGUUCCUCCAGUGGGCCUUACUGACCCCUCAGGGCGUCCGCCUGGAGCGGCUCCAGUGGUCCAGAUGAGGAGACCUGUUGCAGCAGAGUUCAGGAGGACUGGGCCCAUGGUGCCUCCCAACACGGCCUCGCAGCUGGUUCCAGGCGGCGCCAUGCCCUACAUAGAGCUCCGGCACCGCGCCCCAGAAAACCGUCUUAGGCUGCCCUUUCCGGUACCGCCGACCCCAGAGCAACAGCAGGCGACUGCCCAGUCCGCCGCAGUGCAGCCCGGGCUGGUCAGGACUGGGGAGACUGGACUGGGCCAGCUGGACCAGCAUCACCUGGGUGCUCUCCCUGGUUCUGAUCCGAUAGAGGAACACCUGGAUUCAGCCGUGAAGGACCUAGAGGACGUAGAAGUGAAGGACCUUGUGGACUUGAAUCUGAACCUGGACCCAGAGGAUGGUAAAGAAGAUCUAGACCUGCAUCUGGAUGACUUCCUGCUAACGGGGAAGUUCGACCUGAUUGCCUACGCUGACCCAGAGCUCAACCUGGAGGACAAGAAGGACAUGUUCAAUGAGGAGCUGGACCUAGGGGAGCCGGCGGAGGACAGGGAACCGGGACGCUGCGGCGGGAAGGUGGAUGGCGCCGCCCAGGUGAAACAAGAGGUGAGGGAAGCGAAGCAGACUGAAGGAAAUGCCGCAGCUUCUAGCAGACCUCCAUCAUCAUCAUCACCUCCUCCCAUGAAGGAGAAGCAGGCGGGCUCCGGUUCUGGUCCAGCAGUCCGACCGCAGGAGCAGGUUCUGUCCUCCGUUCAUCGCUUGAUGUCUCCAGGACAGCCAUCUGUCUUCCAUCAGCACCAGAGACUGCUUGGAACCGGACCAAUUUCCAGGACUCAGUGCCCAGUUCUUGGGGGUCCAGCUUCUCAGGCUCCGCCCACCGUGGCUCCGCAGCCUCCGCUCCUUCCAACCCCCCAGAACCAAACUCUUCAUCCAACCAGUGAAACCCAGACUGGGAGCGUAACCAGCUUUCCUGAUAACCAGAACAAGUCCAGGCCUCUGCUGCUGGAGGAGCAGCCGCUGCUUCUGCAGGACCUGCUGGACCAGGAGCGGCAGGAGCAGCAGCAGCAGAAACAGAUGCAGGCCUUGAUCCGCCAGAGACCUGGACCGGAGGCCGGGUUCUCCGUGGAUUUGGAGUCGGUCUCUGACCCGAUCAUGAAGGCCAAGAUGCAGGCUCUGAAAGGAAUCAACCGGGUGAUGAGUCAGGGGACCCUGGGCCUGACCCCCAUGGUCAUCAACAGGUUGCAGCAGACCCCAGGGGCCCCGGGCCCCGAGUUACCUUCUCCGUCUCCCCUCCAAGCAGGACAGGACGGGAAGAAGAACCCUCAGCUGGUGCGACGCAACCCCCCCAGCUUUGGACCCGGCUUCAUCAAUGAGUCUCAAAGGCAACAAUAUGAGGAAUGGCUUGGCGAGACUCAGCAGCUCCUGCAGAUGCAGCAGCGGCUCCUUGAAGACCAGAUCGCAGCUCAUCGCAAGGCUAAGAAGGCUUUAUCAGCCAAGCAGCGAACAGCCAAGAAGACAGGCCGGGUGUUUGCUGAAGAGGAUGCUGCUCAGCUACGCUACAUCAGCGAACAGCAGGGAUCGGUCCAGAAACAGCUGGAACAGAUCCGGAAGCAGCAGAAGGAUCACACUGAGUUGAUCGAUGACUACAGGACUAAAAAUCAGCAAAGGAUCCUGGAGAUGCCUCCCAAAAACACACUAGGUGAACCUGUGGGCCCCCCAAAAUUCCAGCCGGGCCCGCCCCACCCUGGCCACCUUCCAAACAUCCCACCUGGCUGUAGUCCAAGUUCUGUUCCUCCAGGGCCCAUGGGUCAGAGGAUGCCUCCACAGAUUCCAUCCACCCUGCUCACCAUCCCCUUGGGUCCCCCACUCAACCAAACCCCUCCAUCCAACAGGCCUGUCCUCAUAGCACCAGUGGCGGGCUUUGCUGCAGGGCCCCAGGGCCCUCUGGGGGGGCCAGGAGCAGCUUCGGGGGACAAAGCCACACCCAAACCUCAGGUUAAGUUUGAUGACAACAACCCGUUCAGCGAGGGUUUCCUUGAGCGAGAACGAAGGGAGCGCCUGAGAGAGCAGCAGGAGCGGCAGAGAGUUCAGCUGAUGCAGGAGGUGGAGCGCCAGCGUACCCUGCAGCAGAGCAUGGACCAUCAGGACAAGCUUGGAUGUGCAGCAGCUGGUGUUCCUGGGACACGCGUCCCUAUUGGACCGGCACUAGGCUCCAGUGAGGACAGCGUCUCUGAGAUACCGUUCCGCAGUACUCAGUCUGGAAUGGACUUUCCUCAGUCCUCCUCAGCCUCCAGACUCCUACAUAAGAUCCCAGAGGCUGCAGGUGGACCCAUCCCCCCUCAGAGCUUCACUGGGGGACCCCUGCAGCCCGGAGCUUCCUCCCCUGCAGGGGUCCUUCUUGAGGGGAGUGUAGCAGGCCUCCAGUCCAGACCAAGGUUGCUGGGACACCAGCAUCCAGCAGGGAUCACUUCUCAUCUCUUUGGACACGAUCCUUCCUCGCUGCUGACUUCUUCCUCUGCUCGCACCCCCCCCAUCAUCACCCUCAGCUCUGACAUCAAUCCUGAACAUAAACCAAAGAGCAGCAGAAACCCGAGCAGAGCCGAGGAAGCAGGCGGAGCCAGAACACCUCUGUCACCUCGCUUUGACAUCACUGCUCCACCCAAUCCAGCUGCCUCAGAUAAGUCCUGCUCCAGUCCUACCCACCAGACUGACACCCCCCCAUCGGGCCCGGACCCUCCGUCUGAGAGGCAGCUGUUGGUGAGCUCUGGAUCCCAGCAGAGAGGAGUAGGAGGCCUGGAGGUCAAGGUGGAGCACAUGGAGACGGCGUCCUGUCGAGGAGGGCCUGUGAAGACCGCGGACGGUGGGAGGGGUUGCUCCUCUCCUGCCGCUCAGGGGGAGGACGGAGGGAAAGAGCUUCUCAGACACCUUCUGAGGGACAAGACUUCCCCCGUCAUCAUGGCGUCUCCUACCGGGCCUCCCCGGCCGUCCGCUGGCGGUCUGCGGUCUGAGGAGGAGGAUGGAGCGGGUUACCAUGGCAAUGCGGACGGUUUUGAUCUAAGGAAAAUUCAGCGCAGCAAGAGAGCAAACCGAGCGGAGAAAGACCGAGCUCCGCCCAGGUCCAAGAGGAGGAAGAAGGAGGAGGAGGAGGAGGAGGAGGGCCUGCAUUCUGACCCGCUGAUGACCCAGCUGAGACAGCUGUCGGAGCUGCCCCUCAUGGAGCCCAUCCUGGGGGUGGAUCUGAGCCUUUUCCCCCCUUACGGAAACUCCUCGCUUGGCAGAGAGUCCCGUCUCAGUGGCUCCUUUGGGAACGCAGCCUUGGAUGGCGUCUCCGACUUUUAUUCACAGCUCAUCUACAAGAAUAACCUCAGUAACCCCCCCACACCGCCGGCCUCCUUGCCUCCCACCCCCCCGCCUGUCAGCAGGCAGAAGAUGGUCAACGGCUUCGCCUCAGUGGAGGAGCAGGACGGUGAGGGUCUGUUGGCAUCGAAGCGCAAAGACGACCAACCUCUCCAUCUGAACCACGCCUCAAAAACCGUGGAUGUCCCUGCGUCUCUGCCCACGCCGCCCCAUAACAACCAGGAGGAUCUCAGGGUCCAGGAGCCAGAAUGCUGCAGUCCUGAGGGGUUCGUGCCAUCGUCGUCUCCAGAGAGCGUGGCGGACGUGGAGGUCAGCAGGUACCCUGAUCUGUCCUUCAUCAAGCUGGAGCCGCCCUCCCCCUGCCCCUCGCCUACAUUACCCGUCGUUUCCUGCUCUCUGGGCAAAGGCCUGGCAGUGAAACCAGAGGUGAAGGCAGAACCACACCUCCAGGCCCCAUCCACCUGCUCCAACACCGACCUGGUUACCAUAGCGAUCACGCUGAACCCGGCUGCCUCUCAGAACAUUCCAGGUGUGAUGGCAGCGGUGGCGGCGCUCCUCAGGGUCCCUGGCCCCAUCAACUACCAGCUGAACCAGGCGCCGGGCGCCGACCGCAGUUCCCUGGCCCUGCUGGCUGGGGUCCGCGUGCCGCUGAUGCAGCAGAGGACGGCGCCAGCUGCGGGGAACCAGCCCGGCCGCUGCAGCCGCUGUAGGAGGCUGCUGGGAAACGGAGUCCACCGCAGACCGGAUUCUGAGUCCAAAGACCAGUCCAGUUUGGUCUUCUGCAGUCCCACCUGCUCCGCUCUGUUUGGGAACGAGCAGCUGAACCGUCCUGACCAAUCCAAGCCCGCAGUCCCGGUGCCCCCUAGCAGAACUCCGCACCACUACACCCACAACAUGUCGUCCAUCGCCGUCCAUUCGCUGCCCCCCGCUGAUUUAUCCUCCUCCUCUUCACCGCCGCCUGCCUUCCCCCCUGCCUCAGCCAUCACCAUGGAGACGAAGUGCCACUCUGACAGCCUCAAGGUUAAAGUAAAGCUGAAGCCCCGCCCACGGACCGUGUUGGGGGAUGAAGCUCAGAACUCAAAGAAGAUGAGAACAUCUCGUUGGCGACGCUGGAGCUUCAGCAUCACGCUGAGCAGAGGUGCCUAUGUCCCCAAAGAGGCGGUUUCCAUGCCAACAGAAGACGAAGUGGAUGAGCUCCUAAGGAAGUUUGGGGUAUGUUUACGUCCUGACCCGCUACCUAAAGACCAGCGGCGGUGCUGUUUCUGUCAGCAGCAGGGAGACGGGCUGACAGACGGCCCGGCUCGCCUGCUGAACCUGGACCUGGAUCUGUGGGUGCACCUGAACUGCGCGCUGUGGUCCAGCGAAGUGUACGAAACCCAGGCGGGUGCCCUGAUCAACGUGGAGCUGGCGCUGCGGCGGGGCCUCGCCCUGCGCUGUGCCCACUGCUCCCGCACCGGGGCCACCACUGGCUGCAACCGGCUGCGCUGCACCAAUACCUACCACUUCACCUGCGCCCUGCAGGCCCAUUGCACCUUCUUCAAGGAUAAGACCAUGCUCUGCCACCUCCACAAGCCCAGGAUGCUUCCUCUGAGCGGGGACAGGUCCUCUAGCUCCUCCCCCUUCUCCACACCCGGCCCCGAUCUGGCAGCGAGCGCCGACCCGUACGACUCGGAGCUGCGCUGCUUUGCCGUGUUCCGGCGGGUCUUCGUGCAGCGAGACGAGGCACGGCAGAUCGCCGCCAUUGUCCAGCGAGGGGAGCGGCAGCACACCUUCCGGGUCGGCAGUCUGCUGUUCCGAGCCGUCGGUAGGCUCCUCCCUCAGCAGAUGAAGAGCUUCCACAGCCAGACGGCCAUCUUCCCUGUCGGUUACCAUGCCAACCGCUUCUAUUGGAGCAUGCGCCACAGCAACAGACGCUGUAAGUACAUGUGUUCCAUCGAGGAGCAGGAUGGCCGGCCGCUGUUCAAGGUGAAGGUGGUGGAGAAAGGCCACGAAGAUGUCGUCCUGACGGGAUCCUCACCCAAAGCUGUGUGGGCCCAGAUACUGGAACCAGUGGCACAGCUGAGGGACUCCAGUGGAACUCUGAAGCUCUUCCCAGUUUACCUGAAAGGAGAAGAUUUGUUUGGUUUAACCACGUCUGCAGUGACCCGGAUCAUCGAGUCUCUGCCAGGAGUGGAGGCCUGUGAGCGUUAUACGUUCCGUUACGGCAGGAACCCACUGAUGGAAUGGCCUCUGGCCUUUAACCCAACAGGGUCAGCGCGCUCUGAACCCAAAGUCAGCCAAGCCAAGAGGCCUUACCUGCUGAGCAGCAUCGCCCCCAGGGGCCAGGGCUCUGUGGGAUCCAUCGUGGGCCUCGUCCCCGGGGUCCUGUCUCUGUCUCCUGGCGAGUCGGUCGCUGGCGCCCAUCAGGGCCGCCACUCCAAGUCGGCCCAGUACCGCCGCAUGAAGGCAGAGUGGAAGAGCAACGUGUACCUGGCUCGCUCCCGCAUCCAGGGACUGGGACUGUACGCCGCCAGAGACAUCGAGAAGUGCACCAUGGUAAUCGAGUACAUCGGGACGAUCAUCAGAAGCGAGGUGGCCAAUCGCAAGGAGAGGCUUUAUGAGGCACAGAACCGCGGCGUCUACAUGUUCCGGAUUGACAACGACUAUGUGAUUGAUGCCACCAUCACCGGAGGACCGGCGAGGUACAUCAACCACUCAUGUGCGCCAAACUGCAUCACUGAGGUGGUUACCGUGGAGAAGGAAAACAAGAUCAUCAUCAGCUCCUGCAGACGGAUCCAGAGAGGAGAAGAGCUGUGCUACGACUACAAGUUUGAUCUGGAAGACGACCAGCACAAGAUUCCGUGUCACUGUGGAGCUGUGAACUGCCGCAAGUGGAUGAACUGAGUGCCCCCUCUGUGGGCGGAGCUAAUGACAUCAUCAUGAUUCUACAGCUGAUAGAUUAGAUCAAAGUAAAUCAAUUUUCUACUUUUUAACGAAUCAACAAACGGCCUACAUGUGGGUGGAGUUGGUGCUGAUAUUGGAAGGGGCGGGGCUUACCAAGAGGCUGGUCCUCGCUGUAAAUUUCCUGUAAACAUGAGCUAAGAUGUAAAUGUGAGUUUAAACGCCACUGAAAUAAAAGUCUAGUCCUUUAACUUGCACUAAAAGACAUGAAACCCACACAGACCUACCUGAUUCUUCGCCCUCCUCUUCAUCCACUUCCUGUAAAAUAAGAGAUUUUCUUCUUUUUGUAUUUAUUACUGAAUGAGGCUAUUUUCUAAAACUCUGCUGCAUUCAGAUCUAAUGUGGCAGCAUGUAAAUAUCUGUACCAUAAGUAAAAACCUCCUUCUCCUUCUCACCUGUGUGUCCAGUUAAACCCUGAGUUUGGUCUGCAGGCGUCCUGCUGCCGUGUAAAUACCAGGUUUUAUUCAGGCUCUGCCGAUGUGUACAGAUAGAUGACAUGAAGCCUUGUUUUUUUUUUUAAUAAAUGGAUGUAAGCAAAGUGAUGUUUUUGGGAAAAACAGUGAAUCUGAUUUAGUCAUUUACAGAGAAUAAAAUAUUUUACAUCUUA